GCAUUGGCAACAGCCGUAAGUCCUGUUAAUGUCUACGCGGUGGAUCGUAAAACCUGUCAAGUUUCAGGCUUCACGAAACAGUUGAAAUGCUCAUCAUGCCACGAACUGAAGGCGUUCAACCUCACGAGUCUUGAGGAAUCCUGCAUGUCAUGUUGUAAAGAUGACGAGACUGCUAAACAGAUUAAGAAAAGCCCGUUUGUGGAGCUGAUCGCAUUUCUCGGUAAGUUAUCUCCGGAAACAAUACUAGAUUUCGCACAUAUGCCGAAGCGGAUUUUAAUUUUUCUAAAUUGA